AUGGGUUUACUGAAGGGUGGAAUGAAAAUGCUACAGAUGCCUGAUACAGCAGUCGAAGCGUUUCAUAAUUUGAGACAGGCUUUGAACUCUCAAAAUUUGUUGGUACUUUGUGGUGUAAACGCAUCUUUGAUAAUCUUGACAGAUGUAUCAGAUGUAGCCAUUGCAGCAGAUUUUCAGGGGAUUUCUGUUGGUAUUCUCAGAGCGGUGUUUGAAGCUGUUUGCUACCGUGCAUUGUUGCUGGCUAGAUUUUAUAUAGGAAUGGAUAAUCAGCCGUCAUUGUUACCAGUUAUCGCCAUACUUCUCGCUGUAUGGAGCGUUUUAUUCGGAUUAUCUUUCCAUCAAAUUGAUGAAGGUCAUGUUGGAGUAUACUAUCGUGGAGGUGCUUUACUAUCUCAAACAAAUGGACCUGGAUAUCACUUAAUGAUUCCUAUCAUAACAACAUAUAAACCUGUUCAGAUUACUUUGCAAACCGAUGAAGUAAAGAAUGUUCCUUGUGGUACAAGUGGUGGAGUGGUUAUUUAUUUUGAUCGUGUUGAAGUGGUUAACUAUUUGUCAGCUAACAGCGUUCAUGAUAUUGUUAAAAACUAUACAGCUGACUAUGAUAAAACAUUGAUCUACAACAAGAUACAUCAUGAAUUGAAUCAAUUUUGCAGUGUACAUACUUUACAAGAAGUUUACAUUGAACUGUUCGAUCAAAUUGAUGAGUAUUUAAAACGAACCUUACAAGCAGAUUUAACACUUAUGGCACCUGGUUUAUAUGUUCAAGCAGUACGAGUUACAAAACCAAAAAUUCCUGAAGCUAUACGACAUAACUAUGAAGCUAUGGAAGCUGAAAAGACUAAAUUACUAAUUGCUGAACAACAUCAAAAAUUAAUUGAACGUGAAGCGGAAACUGAACGCCGUCGUGCAAUAAUUGAAGCAGAAAAGGUACUUGAAGUUUCUGCAAUUCAAUGGCGUGCUAAAGUUGCCGCUCAAGAACAAGAACGUAAAGUUAGUGAAAUAGCUGAUGCUACACAACUGGCUCGAUCUAAAGCUCUUACAGAUGCUGAACAUUAUCGUGCUGUAAAAGAAGCUGAAGCUAGUCAUCUAAAAUUAACACCAGCAUAUUUAGAAUUAGCAAAAUAUCAAGCUUUAGCACAGAAUUCGAAAAUUUACUUCACAGGUGAUCAAGGUAAUCUUAUAAUGGAUCUUAUUAAUCAAAUAUCUGUGAAUAUGCCAAAACAAAGUGCAUCAAUAAAAGAGGAUCAAACUGAUUCUUCACUUCAUUAGCAUUUUCUUAUGAAAUAUUGUUGUCCAAUUUUAGAUAUUUUUUCAUUCAAAUAUAAUGUUGUCAAUUUUCUUU